AUGAGCACCAAGAAAUCAGUAUUCAGCAGAUGGAAUAAAACAGCCAUCUUGGAUUUAAUUGAAAAAUUAAAAGUCAAUGAUAUUCCCUAUUCGUUGAAGAAAACGGAACUUAUCGGCUUGUUGGAGAAUCAUUUGAAGACUUUGGACACUCCACUGGACGAUGUGCUCGAGUACCCAGAACUGGUUGAAUUCUAUUCCAACCAGAAACAUGAUGGGAAGGAACUGAAGAAAGAAGAAGACGACUCGGCCUCACUUGACGAUUCAAAUGAGGCAAACAGGAGUAAAAUGUCGAAUUUCAUCGACUUCACAAGACUGUUGCCAAAGAAAACUGCCGACGAUGAAGGUAUCCAUUCUCAAGAAGACGAGGAGUACGUGUAUCGUUCGGAUGAAGACCUGGAAGACGAAGAUGCUCUGGAUGCGGAUGAGCUGCAAAGCGAACUGGAUGAUUUGUUAGCCAUGGAAGAGCACACUCCGUUGCAAAGAAUCGUCUUGAAGCUACAACAAUGGAACGAAAACGUGCAAGACUAUUUAUCAACCGUCUAUUCUAUCGCAUUUAUUCUGCAUUUAGUAGAAUUCACUAUAUUCUUCAAAUAUCUUCUGUCUCAUUACCCAGCUUGUGACGAUUUGGAUGUGAAAGAAAAUUUAAUGAUAGUGGUUCCAAACAUUCUGUUGUGGUUCACAGUGGCUAUUGCCAUUCCGUGUCUAGUGAGCUACUAUUUUAAUUUUAUAAGAUACGACUUACCUUCAAUGGAAUUCGACCCAAUGAUCUUCUCAGUAGUCAAAAUUGGCUUUGCCUACACCCUAUCGGGUCACUCUCAAGCUCUGCAGAUUCCAAAAAGUCUUUGUCACUACGAAGAACUACGCACAUUUGCGGAACUAUACAAAGACGCCCUGGGCCAAUUGCCGUUAUUCAUUGGUCUCGUUGGCUGUGUAUUGACGUUAUAUAUUUUUUAA